AUGGCUAAAGACUCGGCCUCCAAAAAGCUAACGACGAAAAAGUCGACAGAAGGACUCAAGGCGAAACUUGCCGCGAAAAAAGCUGGAGAAAAGGCUGCUACCCCCACACCAACCACGACGAAAUCGCUGAAGCGAAAACAGGAUGUCGAGACUACCAAAGAGGACUCGAAGGCGCCUUCGCCGAAGAAGGGAAAGGUUACCGUUGAAUCUGUGAAGUCGCAGAAGGAAGAGAAAUCCAGUAAAUCUGCACUUGCACCGUCGACGACUACCAAAGGCAAAGCUGCCGCAAAACCGGCCGACUCGAAACCUGCUGCUACGAAGGAUAAAGCUCCUGCCAAAUCUGCUCCUAGGCCAGCCCCCGCAAAGUCAAAAGCCAAGGCUUCCGCACCGGCAAAGCCUUCCAACUCUAAAAGGAAGCAGCCCUCACCCAAACCAAUGGCUCCCUCGUCUGACGAAGAGGAGGAAGAAGAAGAAGAAGAAGAAGCUAGUUCCGCAUCUGAAGAAGAGAGAGAGGCAGAGGCGGGUGAGGGUCCUUCCGAUUCUGAGCAGGACGAUGGAAGUGAAGAGGAAGGCGAGGAAAAUGUACACCUACACGGCUUCUCAACGGACGAUGAAGACUCUUCAGACGACGAGAUGGAAGAUGGCGACGCCCGACCUUUCGAUGUUGCAAAGCUUCCUACUGUCGCAAAGGAUGACGCGAUUGUCAAAGCCAAACUCGAGAAGGCCAAGAAGAAGCCCACUGAAGAUCGCGGUGUUCUGUACCUUGGACGUAUUCCUCACGGUUUCUACGAAGACCAGAUGAAGGCGUACUUUUCUCAAUUUGGCGAUGUCACUCGCCUCAGGAUCUCAAGAAACAAAAAGACGGGCAAGUCGAAACACUAUGGUUUCAUUGAAUUCGACUCGUCUUCCGUCGCAAAAAUUGUGGCUGAGACGAUGGACAACUACCUUCUCAACGGCCACAUCCUCCAGUGCAAGCUCAUCCCCAAGGAAGAAGUGCAUCCCGAGCUAUGGAUUGGGGCCAAUAGGAAGUGGAGGACCGUCCCUCCCGACCAACUUACCAGGGCCAGGCAUAACAAGAAACGAGACGAGGAGACGCGGGAGGCCAUCGCAAAGAGGUUGGUUAAGAGGCAAAACCGGAGGAAGAGAAAGUUGCAAGAGUUGGGCAUAAGUUACGAUUUUGACGCAGUUAGCUAUAAAAAAUCCAAGGCUACAGAAGCCUAG